AUGGGGAAACAGCGCAGAGUCAAGAAUCGAAAACCUUGGGUUUCCAAUUCUCAAUCUCCGCAAGGCUUAGCAGCCCACCGGUCCCGAAGGACCCAUGCUCUUGACAACUUACGAACCUUUCUGACAGCCCUAGUUAUCGUGCACCACACAGCAAUUCCCUACGGGGGCGUGGGAUCGUGGAAGAUCCGGUCACGUUGUUUCCCCGAGGAAUCAGUCGUCCUAGUCGUCUUCAAUGUGCUGAAUCAGACGUUCUUCAUGGGCUUGUUCUUUUUCUUAUCAGGGUAUUUUACCCGUGUGCAGAUAUCCAAGAGCAACGUCCCAGGGUCCACACUGUUCUAUUCGCGAGUAUGGCGUCUUUUACUUCCGGCGAUUCUUUAUACCGUUCUCGUCAUGCCAACUUUGGAUGCUAUAGUCCAUAUGUCAGGGUAUAACCCCCUAGAAGGACAGACAAGUCUGUGGGAGGUGUAUGUCUCCUCCUGGAGCCAGAUUCGGGGAAUCCAAGGACAAGUUUGGUAUCUUGCUUUGGUCGUACCAUUCGACACGGCAGUCAUCCUAUUAUCGCAGAUUUUUGACAAGGGUGCAAACCAGUUUCUUGCUUCGACAUUCAACCACAAACGGCUCCUCAUAUCAAGUGCAUGGACCACAUCCAUAUUAUCCAGUUUCGCCAUCCGAAUCGUAUACCCAGUUGGGUAUAUCUGGUCUCCGCUGGGCCUGCAGCUUGCCUAUCUACCACAGUACAUACUCGCCUAUACCAGUGGCAAUUUCGCGUCGAUUUCAGAUGAUUACUUCAUCCUGGACCCGCUCCGCAGCGGGGUUCGCAAGCCAUUGAAGAGACUCGUCUCCGCAGUGAUAUUCUGCCUGGCAAGUCUAGCCAUGCUCACUGCCUUACAAGAGAAAUUCCUCGGGAUCAACUCAGAAGAACUCAUGUCUCUGACGCGUGGCGGCUUUAACGUCCCGGCUCUGAUGUAUGCAGCGUGGAAUGAGAUGGGCUUUGCACUGGUUGGAUUUUCUUUACUUGCCGUGUUCCUUCGAUACUGUGACACCCCUUGGCUUCUUUGUGGCGCGUGGCUUCCGCGGUAUUCUUAUGCUGCGUUUCUAAUUCAUCCUUUGGUGAGUCUGGUGGUUGAACUUGUGGUUGAGUCUGUCAUGGACUGUGGACGGGACGGUUGUUGCUUGUAUGGUAUGUGGGUGUGGGCUGGCCCUGUGAUAUUGACUCUUGUUGUUGGAUUGGGUAAUGUCUUUGCAUCGUGGAUUGCUGCUUGGGCGGUCAUAUCGAGGAUACCUUACAUUGGUACUAUCAUAUAG